CGGACCAAAGUACCCAUGCCAUUGAACCAAAUCUCAAUUAAGGCACUGGUGGAAAUCAAAAUCUACUUCCUUUACCGUCCUCCAUCGCCAAUUAUCCAGCAUUUUUCUCAUAUGACCACUUCUCUGAAUCUCUCUCUCCCGUUCAUUCACCCACUUCCAUCACGCGCUUGUCGUCUGUGGCCAAUUCACUCGCCGAUCACUGUCUUGCCGCUGAACACUGUGAAAAAUUCAGCACUUUGUUCAUUUAAUCUCUCUUCCAUAUACUGCCAGCAGAGAACUCUCCAAAAACCUACUUUGAUUAUGUCCUCGGCGAUCUCUCAACCAGAAGUAACCGAACUCAGUGACGAUUCCGAUUUCCACAAACUCCUCUGUCCAUCCGGUCUCAUCUCAAUUUGCGGCUUCGGUUCUCUCCUUUCCGAGAGAAGCGCAAGAAGCACAUUUCCUGAUCUGGUAAACUUCAGGGUUGCGAGAUUGAAUGGAUUUCGGCGAGUGUUUGCUCAUGUGGCGCCAAUUUUCUUCGAACGUGGCAUCGCCAAGCCUGAAACUAAGGAAAUUUCGAGCUUGAGCGUGGAGCCUUGUGAAGGUGAAGUUCUUAUAAUUACAGUUUUUGAGAUUGAUAAAUCAGAGAUUCCUGCUUUUAUGGAGAGGGAGCUUGAGUUUCGAUUUCUAGCUGUUGUGCCUGAAACACUUGAUGGGAAACCAUUUGAUAGCCCAGCGGUGCUUUGUGCACGUUACAGUGAUGAAGAAUUUUUUCAAAUUAGAUGCAAAGGGAGCAAGGAGAUUUAUUUUCAACAUUAUGGAAGAUACAACAUCGAUAAGAUCUGGAGAGAUGAUAUCUUGCCUUGCCGUACUUAUCUUCGGCACUGUGUGUUGGCAGCGAAGAAUCUUGGCAGUGCAGCAUAUGACAACUUUUUGGAUCACACAUUCCUUGGAGAUCGGAAAACAACCAUCCGUGAGCAUCUAGCAACAGCAGGUGCAGGUAUAAUGGAAGAAGAGCCCCCAGAGUCCCUGAAGACCCGUUAUGGUGGCUGAUAUUGCUAAAUUGGUGAGCCAUUCGUUUGUCAAGGAUGGUUGCACUUCAAGAUAGAAUUCUUCAAUCUCAUUUUCUCUGAGAAGAGGAAAAAAUCUUCAAAAUGUUCUCUGUCCUAACUUUUAUUGAUGAGUCUGGAUAAGACACCGGCUGGGAAAAGGAAUCAUAAAUAUGCUAAUAAAUUUUUAUUUUCAUUUAAAAUCAUUGCAAGCAAACAUGGCAAUUCGUCAGUUUUCACCUUUGAUGAAUGCGUACAUAUCAUGGAUAUCUCACAUUUAAUAAUAGCAGUUGUGAUAUGACUUCUCUCUU